AGAGGCGCGGGGCGGGCAGCAGGGUGCAGGCGCGGGGCGCGGGGCAGGCAGAGCGGGCGAAGGCGCGGAGCUCGCAGUGCAGCCUGCGCUUCCCAGCGUCCGUGCCCGGCCGCCUGUGCCCUACCGUGCCCGUGGCGCCAUGGCCGCUGCCGCCCUCCCGCCCCGGCCGCUGCUCCUUCUGCCGCUAGUGCUGCUGCUGAGCGGCCGCCCCGCGCGCGCCGACAGUAAGGUGUUUGGGGACCUGGACCAGGUGAGGAUGACCUCGGAGGGCUCCGACUGCCGUUGCAAGUGCAUCAUGCGGCCCCUGAGCAAGGACGCGUGCAGCCGAGUGCGCAGUGGGCGGGCGCGCGUGGAGGACUUCUACACGGUGGAGACCGUGAGCUCGGGCACUGACUGCCGCUGCUCCUGUACCGCGCCUCCCUCCUCUCUCAACCCCUGUGAGAACGAGUGGAAGAUGGAGAAACUCAAAAAGCAGGCGCCGGAGCUCCUCAAGCUGCAGUCCAUGGUGGAUCUCCUGGAGGGCACCCUGUACAGCAUGGACUUGAUGAAGGUGCACGCCUACGUCCACAAGGUGGCCUCCCAGAUGAACACACUGGAAGAGAGCAUCAGGGCCAACCUGAGCCGGGAGAACGAGGUGGUGAAGGAGAGCGUGCGCCACCUCAGUGAGCAGUUGAGGCACUAUGAGAAUCACUCUGCCAUCAUGCUGGGCAUCAAGAAGGAGCUGUCCCGCCUCGGCCUCCAGCUGCUGCAGAAGGAUGCCGCCGCCGCCCCUGCCACCCCUGCCACGGGCACUGGUAGCAAGGCCCAGGACACAGCUGGAGGAAAAGGCAAGGACAUCAGCAAGUAUGGCAGCGUGCAGAAGAGCUUUGCAGACAGAGGCCUCCCAAAACCUCCCAAGGAGAAGCUGCUUCAGGUGGAGAAGCUGAGGAAGGAGAGCGGCAAGGGCAGGUUCCUCCAGCCCACAGCCAAGCCCCGUGCCCUGGCCCAGCAGCAGGCUGUGAUCCGGGGCUUCACCUACUACAAGGCAGGCAAGCAGGAGGUGACCGAGGCGGUGGCAGACAACGCCCUCCAGGGCACUUCCUGGCUGGAGCAACUGCCGCCCAAGGUGGAGGGUAGGUCCAACUCCGCAGAGCCCAACUCCGCAGAGCAGGAUGAGGCUGAGCCCAGGUCCUCCGAGAGAGUGGACCUGGCUUCUGGCACCCCCACCUCACUCCCUGCCACCACCACCACCGCCACCACCACCCCGACCCCCACCACCAGUCUCCUGCCCACCGAGCCACCUUCAGGUCCAGAAGUCUCCAGCCAAGGCAGAGAGGCGAGCUGUGAGGGCACCCUCCGGGCUGUGGACCCCCCUGUGAGGCACCACAGCUAUGGGCGCAACGAGGGAGCCUGGAUGAAGGACCCUGCAGCUCGAGACGACAGGAUCUAUGUCACCAACUACUACUAUGGAAACAGCCUGGUGGAGUUCCGCAACCUGGAAAACUUCAAGCAAGGCCGCUGGAGUAACAUGUACAAGCUGCCCUACAACUGGAUCGGCACAGGCCACGUGGUGUACCAGGGCGCCUUCUACUACAACCGUGCCUUCACCAAGAACAUCAUCAAGUACGACCUACGUCAGCGCUUCGUGGCCUCCUGGGCGCUGCUGCCCGACGUGGUAUACGAGGACACCACACCCUGGAAGUGGCGCGGACACUCGGACAUCGACUUUGCCGUGGACGAGAGCGGCCUGUGGGUCAUCUACCCCGCCGUGGACGACCGCGAUGAGGCCCAGCCCGAGGUGAUCGUCCUGAGCCGCUUGGACCCCAGCGAUCUCUCCGUGCACCGGGAGACCACGUGGAAAACACGGCUGAGGCGGAACUCCUACGGGAACUGCUUCCUGGUGUGCGGCAUCCUGUAUGCCGUGGACACGUACAACCAGCAGGAAGGUCAGGUCGCCUACGCUUUCGACACGCACACGGGCACCGACGCACGCCCCCAGCUGCCAUUCCUCAACGAGCACGCCUACACCACCCAGAUCGACUACAACCCCAAGGAGCGGGUGCUGUACGCCUGGGACAAUGGCCACCAGCUCACCUACACCCUCCACUUUGUGGUUUGAGUGGAGACCUGUGCUCCCCGGAGAGGGGCAGCAGUGCGGGAGGGGCUCUCCACAGCAGCUCCUGCUACUGACCCAGUCCGCAAAUAUUUAUUGGGGGCCAGCCCAGGGCUGGGACUGGGCAUGAGGUGGUCACCAGGAUUGAGCUUCCUCAGCACCUAGUGGGUAAUACUUGCUUCCACUUGCAGAGCACCGUGCCAAGCACUUCCCACACACUUACCCGUUUGAUUCUCCUAGCACCUCCCUUGGAGGUGGAGAUCAUGAACCCAUUUAACAGAUGAGGAGACAGAGGCUCAGAGAGGUACCGUCCCUUGCCUAACACCUCAGUUGUGAUGAGGCAGGCUGUGCUCUCACGACAGCCCCACUUUACAGAUGAGGAGACUUCACCACGCCCUCCCCUCCCUGCCCUCCCCCCUCUCCCCCGGUAUCCCUUGUUCUCUCAACUCAGCCUCCCUUCCCAGAGCCACUCAGAACCAGAGGCCUUUAGGGCCAGUGUGCUGGCGUGGGGUGGAGGCCCUGGCUCUGCCUGCCAUCCUAGGGCCCUGUUCUGGCUGAGCUGUUGGUGGCCCUGGGCUUUGAGCCCCUUAGCCAAUGUCCUUGCCUCUUGUCUUUGGCCAGCCCCCCAGCCCAGCCCACCCCACCCGCUGUCCGGCCACAUUCCAAACCUCUACCGUCACCUAGCUGCUGAGCAGAAACCACACCCCGAGAGAAAAUCCCGUCCUCUGUUCCAAGGCCCCUCUCUGCUCUAUGCUCAUUUUUAUUUUCUCUUAUUCUUCAUCAGUGCCGUCAUUUGUUUCUGCAGCAGCAGCUGAGAAGGCAGCCGCAGCUCUGCCAGGAUGGGGAGCUGAGCUGAGGCUCCCUCUCCACCCAGAAGCACUGGCGUUGUUCACAUAGUCGGGCCUUGGGUCCCCUCCCUGGUUCAUCCCAGAGCCUUUGGGCCCGGAGUCCGCCUUGUCCUUUUUCUCUGGGCUUUCAAACCCACAACCUUUACACACUCAGGGAUACCUCCGGGUCUGCCAUGAAUAAGACCCUAGGCCCAAGGCUGGUGUGGUGCCAGGAUGGCACAGUUUCCGUCUUCCUUGCCAGCCCUGACCUGGCCCCUGGGCGGGCUGGCCCAGCAGCCUGGGGGCUGCGGAACACAUGGUGUGAGUAGUUGGGUCCAGGGGAGGCAUCAGGCCUUCUUCUGGUUGCAGGAGAGAACCAGAGGGCGGGAACGGGGAGGGAAAAACUGAGGGUCUGCAGACUGGACUUUUCCUGGCUCAACCCAGGACUUGGGUUGAGGAUGCACAGGGGCCACUUUGCCCGGGGCCACUGAUGGCUCCCCAGAGCCUCAGACCCACACAGCCCAGAGGACAAGACCUUCAAACCUGCCCCUCUUCUGCUUUUUUAGACAGUAUUUUUAGAGCUGGAAAGAAAUUUUCUAGCCCAACUCCCUGUUUCAUGAAAGAGAAAAGAGGCUCAGAAAAGUUUAGAGAGCAGCUCAGUCUCACACUGGGAGCUGGGCACAGCCGAUCUCCUUCCAGAAGGGUUCUGUCUGUAUCCUUUAUUCUCCCCCACAUGGAGGCUGCCCUACCUGGGAAGGCACCCCAGCACCUGUGAAGGACAUUUACUGCUCAUCCCCACCCGCCCCCUGGCCCUUGCUGCCUUCGUUCUGUCCCAAUGCCAGCUCCCAGGAUGUCUGUAUGUUUGAAUACCAGUUGCCAUGUUAGGAAGGUCAGCUGCACAGCCAAGAGUGUAAGAGUGUAAAGAAAUGCUUUUUUUUUUUGAGUUGGAGUUUUGCUCUUGUCGCCCAGGCUGGAGUGCAGUGGCGCGAUCUCGGCUCACUGCAACCUCUGCCUCCUGGGUUCAAGCAAUUCUCCUGCCUCAGCCUCCCUAGUAGCUGGGACUACAGGCACCCACCACCACCCCCAGCUAAUUUUUGUAUUUUUAGUAGAGACAGGGGUUUCACCAUGUUGGCCAGGCUGGUCUCGAACUCCUGACCUUAGGUGAUCCGCCCGCCUCAGCCUCCCAAAGUGUUGGGAUUACAGGCAUGAGCCACUGCGCCUGGCCAGGAAAUGCUUUUUGUGCAGAAUACACUUCUUUCAGGCAUUGUCAGGUGAUGUUUUGUUUAAGCUCUAACUCACCCCUGGAAUACAGGGGAAUGAUGACAACCAGCCCAGCCAGGCCUGACUCAUCAUGGUCACAUCCAGCCCCCACCCCCGGCCAACCCCUGCAGGCUCCUCUUCCACACUCACCAGGGGGCCGCGGGGCCCCGGCAUCUCCCUUGGCCCUGGGUGUGGGUUUUACAAGACUUGUGUCUUUCGUGACAUCAUAGCCCAACCAUGUGAGAAGAAGGAGAAGGCCCCCCUUUCUUCAUUAAUCUGAAAAAAAAGGAAAGUGAGAAUAGGCUGAUUUUUAAAAGUUAAGGGGCAAGCAGCACUGCAUUCUGGGGGAACGAUCCUGGCCACAGCCUCCAAACAUUCACUAGGCCUCUUCUGUUUUCAGACCCUUGUAAGUGGGUAUGGUCAGUUUUUUCUUUUCUUUUUCUUUUUUUUUUUUUUUUUUUGAGACAGAGUUUCGCUCUUGUUGCCCGGGUGGAAUGCAAUGGCGCGAUCUCAGCUCACUGCAAUCUCCGUCUCCCAGGUUCAAGUGAUUCUCCUGCCUUAGCCUCCUGAAAAGCUGGGAUUACAGGGCCCUGCCACCAAGCCCAGCUAAUUGUAUUUUUAGUAGAGACAGGGUUUCACCAUGUUGGCCAGGCUGGUCUUGAACUCCUGACCUCAGGUGAUCCACCUGCCUCAGCCUCCCAAAGUGUUGGGAUUACAGGCGUGAGCCACCACGCCUGGCCAGUUUCUUCAUUUUACACAUGGUCACAUUGGCACCUAGAACAGUUAGGUCACUCGUCACAUACGCAGUUAAGUAGAGAACCAGGUUUCAAAAUCAGGUAAGAAAACCAUCAUCAUUAACUGAGCACCAGCUGUGCUAAGCCUGCCGCGGGCAUAUCCUUGCAGCCUCACAACAGUGGGAGGUCUGUAUCCUGAAUGUCCUCAUUUUAUAGAUGAGGACACUGAGGAGAAGAGACUUACCCAGGCUCACAUAGCAGUUCAGCCUGUUCCAGGCGCUGGUCAGUGCGUGUUCUUUGCCACCAGCCUGUCACGCCAGUGGCAACUCCAGAAACGGAGGCUGUUGCUUUUAUCCCUAAACUGCAUCCACAGAGAAGUCCCAAGAAGGAGGUUGGGGCCAGCUCAUAAAAAGCCUGAAUGCCAAGCCAAGGAGUGGAUGCCUCCAGUCAUUUUUAGAACAAAGUCAAGUAUAAAUUUACAGAGAAAAAAUUCUAAGACAGUUGGAUGUUGUCCUGUUGGUGAGGAGAGGACGGGAAAGUUUUUCCUGUGGGGUACUGGAACCAGCCCACAAUUGCACGCUUGUGAGCUGUCAUGGAAACCUGAUCCCCAACAGCUUUUGAGGUGUUUUGUUUGUUUGUUUGUUUUACCUGUCUUGGGCUUUAUUGCUUUUGGCAAAAGUUUUAUUACUUUUGGCAAAAGUUACUUCAAACAAGGGAGGGCCUGGACUGAGGGGGACCAGGUCUUCUUGCUGACCUCGUCUACAAAGGCAAAGGAAGGCAAAGGAAGCUGUCUCGGGUGUUUCUGAACAACGUGACUCAUGAGGGGCUUUGGCUACCUCUUGCGUUCCCCCUAGAGAUGUCCAGGACUUACAUUUAAUCUGCUUUCUCUGUGGUGGGGUAGAGAAUGGAGCUCCUGCCUUGCGGGCAGUGCUAAAGGUGGAGCUGAGGGAUUUUCCUGGGAAUGAUUUGAGGGCUCUUGAAAGCCCGUGUGUUCCAAAGCGUCUUUAACUCUGGGUUAGCAUUGGAAGCCGCUGUCAUGACAGGACACGGCACUGGAUGGCUGGCAGAGAGCCCUGGCUGGGAGUUAGGGAGCCCUGGUUUGGAAUCCAGCCCCACCUCUUUCAUGCCACAGGUUCGGUCAAGUUCUCUCCCGCUCAGGGUAGGGCUGUCAACUCCCUCUUACAGCUAAGAACAUGCAGCUUAGUGAGGACAAGACCCUUCUAGAGCUUUACCCAAAUCCCCCCACCCAGGAGCCCCAAGGCCAGCAUUAUUCCUCCCCAUUACAGGUGAUGAGCCUCAAAUUCAGAGAACUUAAGCAACCUGCUCAGGGUCACAUCUCCAACAGGCAGUAGAGUCAAGGUAUAAACCAGGUCUGUUUUUGUACCAGAGUCCCAGACUAACUGUUGGUAGGAAUCUUGUAACCAGUCAUGUUUUCUUCCUUGUUUUGGCUGCUGGGAAGCUCCAAGUCAAAUUCGAGACCCUUUUUUUUCCAAUUGUGCUGAGUCUCCUACUAGACUCGCUUCAUUCUAGCUUUCUGCUUUUACCUUUACCCUAAUCUUUUUAUUUUUAUGCUAUUGUACUUUAUCUAUUUUUGUAAGUUGCUGAGAUAUCUGUUUUGCAACAAGAUGGGCUAUAUCUAAAUAAAGACAUGAUCAAAGGUUUGAUUUAAAA